CUUUAUUUCCAAUUCACUCGAAGCGGCUACAUCUUUCUUUAGUGCACUUUUUCAGAGCCAUUUUUGUGCUUGCGUUCUUCGUCAGAGUGAGAAGGGUCGAAAGCGAGUAGCGAUACAAGGUGUAGAGCAGGUUAGCAGCGGCUCUGAGACUUGUUACGUUCCGCCCAUAACACGCCCAUCUUCUCGCAAUAAAUAGCGCCAGUACGACCGAGGAGCCCUCUCCUUUCUCCCCACUCUUACCUGCUCCCAGGACCGAGGUGCCUGGCCUACCUUGCCCGGUGUUAACUGACAAUGGAGACAGAAAUUGAACAACAAGAAGAAGAUACCUCAUUCAGCAACACAGAAACCAACGGUAAACGUCCUGCGGAGGACGCCGAUGAGGAGCAGUCAUAUAAGCGCUCCAGGAACACAGAGGACAUGGUGGAGCUCCGCAUACUCCUGCAGAGCAAAAAUGCAGGAGCCGUGAUUGGGAAGGGUGGUAAAAACAUAAAAUCCCUGCGCACAGACGUGAGUACAUUUACACCUUUUCUUAUUGGGGUAAGCACGGGUUAUAUUAACAGUACCCACCCCCUUAUACUGGGAUGUACUUUGGGAAUGUAUGAUUUUAAUACUUUAUAUUUGAAAGUUGAGGCAUUUGGUAGUUUGGCCUUAAGAAAAUGUGUCUGUUAUUAACUGUGGUUGGGGAAGUUAAGCUAUGCUGUUUUGGGGUAACGGUUAAUGCAGGGAUAUGUGUAUUGAGACCUGCUUUACACCGGUUAUGGUAUAUUCCCUCCAAAGUUUAACGUCAUUGUAAUCAAAUGGCGCCCGCAUAUCGAUAUGAAAUAGCUGGCCUUUUUUUGUUUAACGAAUAGUGAUAUUACUACAAGGCAUCGGCACCACUAAGACUGUCAUUAAUACUUGAAUGGGCCCAGUGUAUUUUAGGAUAGAGCUGUUAUAGCACCCAAAGCCAAUUCAUCAUUCUAUAGUAAAUGUCUUGUAUAUAAACAACCUGGCCAAUUCUCAACUAAUUUAAUGCCAUUACCUCUCUCUUUCUCUACUCUCCACUCUUCUCCCUCUCCUCUACCACUAUCCCUAUCUCACCUUCCUCUCUACAUCUCCCCCUCCUUUUCUGCUCUCGUUCAUUCUACCGGUCUUUCUCUACCUCAAUACCUUUGUCUUCUCCUUUUCUAUCUACACUUCUGCACUCUUAAAACAAAAAAAUCUCAGAGAAUGAAAUCACAAUGAAGAAUAUUAGCCUGUAUUAAAAUGUAUUCCUCUUCCCCCUCCCUCUUCCCUCUCCUGUUUUUUAUUUUUGUUUAUUUUUGCCCACUUCCUCUGUUGCCCAUGUUCUGGAUCGCCCCUCCUGCGCCCGCCCACCUGACACCCUGGUUGGCCCUGCCCAUAAUCGUGCCCCUCCCUAAAUGGGCGCCUUACUUGAUUGACAUCUGUGUGCUCGAAUGGCCCCUGCCCAUGCCACGCCCACGGCCCUUGCAGUUCAAUGCCAGUGUGUCAGUCCCAGACAGCAGUGGGCCUGAGCGAAUUCUGAGCAUCGGUGCGGAAAUCGAGACCGUUGGAGACAUCCUGCUCAAGAUCAUCCCUACUCUGGAGGAGUACCAACAGUACAAUGGGAUGGACUUUGACUGUGAGCUGAGGCUGCUGAUCCACCAGAGCCUGGCAGGCAGCAUCAUUGGUGUGAAGGGAGCAAAGAUUAAAGAGCUGCGAGAGAACACCCAGACCAACAUCAAGCUGUUCCAGGAGUGCUGUCCCCAGUCCACAGACCGCGUGGUUCUGGUCAGUGGCAAGUCUGAGCGUGUCGUCGAGUGCAUCAAGAUCAUGCUGGAUCUCAUCGCCGAGGCUCCCAUAAAAGGGCGCACCCAGCCCUACGACCCUAACUUCUAUGAUGAGACAUAUGACUACGGCGGCUUCACCGUGAUGUUUGAGGAGCGCGGAGGUGUUGGUGGUGGUGGACGGCGCCCCAUGGGAGGCUUCCACAUGCGAGGCGGACGUGGUGGCGGAGGGUUUGACCGGAUGCCCUCUGGGCGAGGUGGUCGAGGUGGGCCCAUGCCCCCCGCCCGCAGAGACUAUGAGGAGAUGAGCCCCCGCCGUGGACCCCCACCACCCCACCCAGGAAGAGGGGGAAGGGGAGGGAGCCGUGGCCGCAACCUGCCGCUGGCCCCACCACACAGAGGAGGAGAUGACCAUUACUCCUAUGAUUCCUAUCGGGGCAGUGCAGAUGACAGACAAAACAGUGACAGGCGAGGGAGACCAGGAGAUCGCUAUGGUGAUAACAUGGGUGCGGGUGGAUAUGAUAACAGCUCGUCCUGGAACUCCUAUCAGUCUGGUGGACGCGGUUCCUAUAAUGAUAUGGGAGGGCCAGUCAUCACCACACAAGUGACGAUCCCCAAAGACCUGGCCGGCUCCAUCAUCGGUAAGGGAGGCCAGAGGAUCAAGCAGAUCCGGCAUGAGUCUGGCGCCUCCAUUAAGAUUGACGAACCACUGGAGGGUUCAGAAGACCGCAUCAUCACCAUCAGCGGCACCCAGGACCAGAUCCAAAACGCUCAGUACCUAUUGCAGAAUAGCGCACUGCACCUGCUCGGACACCAGGACUAACCCUUGCCUCAGACUACGCCCACAUCCUGUGCCCUCUCUCUCCGUCUCUGACUCUCGUCCCCCUCUCCCACCCCAACCCCUCUUAUCUAUCUUAUCUAUCUUAAUUGACUCAUGUGAAUUCUCUUUAUUAUUUUUUCUUUUUACUCUUUAUAUUUCAGUGUGAAGCAGUCCUCUGGUCAGUUCCUCUAAACAAGGAGACUCAGAUUGAAGCAAAUCCCCUGGUUUGUGGGCAUUUGGUUUAUUUUUAUUUUUAAAGGGCAACAUUCCUGUGCUUAAUGUAGACGUUCUGCAUUUUUAGAGUGUAGUUAUCUACUCCAUCUCUUGUAUCUGUAUUUUUAAAACACAUUUGUCUAAAUAUUUGGAGUCUCCUGACAGACUAGUGAACAUUAUGUAUUUUUUUGGAUGGGUUGAUUUCCAUGGUGUGUUUGUCAGUAGAGUAAGCCUGUCCCGUGUGUGUGUUCUCUCUGUGUUGGAGUUUCUCACCCACCCCCUUACUAUCACUCAGUGCAACGUGCAGAAUGUAAGCUUUUUUUGUUGUGGUAAGAAACAUUUUAUGAUUUUUAAAAAAAGAAUAAUAAAUGUAGGAAAUUGAA